AGGUUGCUGGCGGUCAGCCCGGAAUCGAGCUCGCCCGCCGGUCGGAAGCUCAGAGUUUUGUCCCCGUGCCUGCGGGGAUGGUGUUCCCGAGUACUCACGUAGUGCUGGCCACUAGCACCUUCGCCCUGCCCACAUUCAGAGACCUUUGAAAUUUGAUCUCCUCGCUUUUGAAUAACUUUAAAUAGUGCUUCCCACUCGAGUCCCAUGGGUCUUCUGCCAGCUCUCGUUGCACGAAUGCUGCGCGUGGUGCGAUGGCACUAUAUAUUAUAUAUAUCUAUAUUUAUAGUCACUGUGCACCUGCAGCCCGUUAACGCUUGCCAAACCAUGCCUGUCAGGUGGAGAAGUCUCUGGAGAGGACACAGUAUAAUCAAGUAAUGAUGUUCAAACACGAGGAUCUUCUCUCGGCACUUGUACACGGCGCUGAUUUGAUAUGCACCCUGUGUCCCGGAGGUAUGCACAACUUGUCCAGAGUGGCUGCUUACUGUGAGGAUACGUCGAAGCUAAUGCAGGCCCGAUGCUGCCUGAAUCAGAAGGGCACCAUCUUGGGGCUAGAUCUUCAGAACUGUUCCUUGAAGGAUCCUGGUCCAAACUUUUUACAAGCUUAUACUGCUAUUAUCAUAGACCUUCAAGCAAAUCCUCUCAAGGAUGAUCUGGCCCACACCUUCCGUGGAUUUACUCAGCUGCAGACUCUGAUACUACCACAAGAUGUCCCCUGUCCUGGAGGUAGUAAUGCCUGGGACAAUGUUACUUCAUUCAAGGACAAGCAGAUUUGCCAAGGGCAGAGGGACCUUUGCAAUAGCACUGGAAGCCCAGACAUGUGUCCUGAGAAUGGAUCUUGUGCAUCUGACGGUCCUGGUCUUUUGCAGUGCGUUUGUGCUGAUGGUUUCCAUGGAUACAAGUGUAUGAGGCAGGGCUCAUUUUCACUGCUUAUGUUCUUUGGGAUUCUGGGAUCCACCACGCUAGCCAUCUCCAUUCUACUUUGGGGAAGCCAGCGCCGGAAAGCCAAGGCUUCAUGAACCCCUCAAGACUUCCAGCUCACCUGACUGAGCACCCUCGUCUAUCAAGUCCCGGCCGCGUCGCAGCCAAGAGGAUUUACUUCGUUGACAAUUACUGACCAAUGAACAGAACUGCUUAAGGCUGAAGCGGCCAUUGAUAGUGAAAGAAGGUGUCAAAUUGCACCACCUCGGGGGUCUUGUGGACUCUUGGUUCAGGAGUGGACUAGUACUAUUUAUAUUACUGACUACAAUAAACACCUUUUCCCCGUUGUU